AUGUUUCGAUCCAUUAUCGGCCGCUACGGGCACUCUUAUGGGUCCUCCCGACUGACAGGCUCCGCUCCCAGGCCCACGCUUUGCCAGACACGGUCAUUCGUCGAUCCUCAGUGUCCAGCACAUUUGGAGCAGCAUCAUCUCGAUCAUCAGCAGAAUCAUCAAAGACCUCCGGGUUAUCACCGGGAGUUUGCACCGCUAUUGUCCCAUUUUUAUGCAAUCAGAUCGACGCAGAGCACAGUCGUGUCACCGGGUGACCAUGUUGAAGCACAGAAGAAGGAAGUGCCAAAUGGGCUCAAAAAUGAAUUCUUCUCGAUUGUCCGAGAUGGUCAACCGGACCUGGUCAUGAACGCAUUACUCGAUCCCAAAUUUGAAGUCUUGGUUGGAUCGUUACCUGAGAGUACCUUUGUAGAAGCCUUUCGCUUGCUGUCUCCUGCCUACUUCACUGAUCCUUUUAGAGCUAUUUAUCGCGCGUUGCAUCCAUCUGCCGUAGCGCUCAAAGGUUACCCGCAAUUGGACAGGAUCUUCGAUAAGUUUGCUUGCAAUCUUGCCUCGAUCGUCUCGAUCAGACGGUCGGCGGGUCACACACUGGGACUGGCAGAGUACACCCAUCUCCUGGACUGUGCGCGGUCUACCGGGGAUGCGCUGAUGGCCGACCAUGUAUGGCAUGCCAUGCGUCAGGACGAUGUUGUCCCCGAUGUGCAUUGCUACAAUUACUACAUGGAAGCCAAGGUUUGGGAUGGGGCCUACACUGGCCGAGAGAAGUAUCAUCUGCGAGUAACGCCGUUCGCUUACCGUAAGCGAAGCUUCGACGACCCAAACUUGGGAUGGAAAGGCUAUGGGACUGCCCGCCGCAGUGUGCGCAAGGACAUCAUGAUGAUUUUGAACGAGAUGACGGAAGAAGGCACUUCGGGCGACGAGGGUACUUACGUGAACGUAAUUAUGGCGUCUUCCAGGGUGGGAUCCACGGAAACAAUGAAGCACGUGUUGAAGACGGUUUGGAACGUCGACAUUGACGCCCUGGCGGCGCCGGGAGACUCAUCGAGCCUUCCUCGCCCCAAGAAAUACGAUCGUUCUUCACCUCUGUAUCCAAGUAGUCGCCUCUUGUUCGCUGUCGCACACGCCUUUGGCACCAACAACGACAUUCCCGGAGCCAUGGGGGCAGUCAGCUUCAUAUCCAGCUCCUACGACAUUCCGGUCCCAGAAGAGGUCUGGCAAGAGCUGCUCGAGCGGUCCUUCGUUCUUUCUCGCCCGCGUUUCGGUAAGGAUGCCCAGCGCAAUAUAAAAGGAAAGGUUCCAUAUGAGUUCCUGACGGCCCUGGGCCAAACCAUGAAGUCGGAGCCUUUCAACGUCCAGCCCACCAUGGAGAUGUACCAACUCCUGGCCAAGACAGCGUGGGAUCAGGUCAAGCUACCAGAUUUCAGGCAGUACAUGGAGUCAGCAUACGCGAUUCUCGAAGAGACCCGACGCAAACGCCGAACUGCUCGAGCGAUCAUCGAAAACUACCUUGGUCCACCGCAAUCGGAGGCGACAGCUUCAGACACCGGCAGACCGUGCGCCGACCCCAAACUGCUCCUGUCUCGAGCAUUCACCGAGGCAGUGCAUACAUACGACGUGCUUCGCAUGCACACUGCCCAGCAGACGACCAUCAUGGAACGGCUCGCGAAACUUCUCCUCAUACACCCUCGCUGGGUCGGCCGCGACAAUCCUGUCUGGGAGCGUCAACUACUUCCCCGCGUGAUAGAAGAGUGGCAGGACUUCCUCCCCAAGUCGGUUUUGCUCCAGAUCGGAAGCGGGGACGUCUACGUCCACGGAGAAACUUGCUGGGGUGACCGCCUGCUCAACACACACAGGAGGAUACCAGUGCGUCGGCCGACCGUCGAUAACGGCCUGGUCCUCGACGAAGACGCCAGGGAACUCGACGACGACUUCUUCUGGGCGUGCUACCCUGCUGAAUUGCGAAGAAUGAACAUCCCUGCUGUUAGGCGGUUGUUCUCGGGAGUGACGAAACGGAUUGCCAACCCAGUGAGACGGAGACCUGCCUUAGAAGAAGCAGUUGAAGCCGACGCGGUGAACGAACGGGCUGGAGCUAUGCCUCAUGCUUUGGAAGCGGAAUACCCCUCGCAGAGACCGCUUCGGUGGAGUGCGGACGACGAGGAUAUCUUUGAUCCCACGACUAAUCCUCUCGCUGUAGCUUGA